GCCAUGACUUCUUUCUAUUCAAUGUUCCCAUUGCUUUUUUUUCUUCUCUUGUCUUUCUCAUCUGCAAAUUCAGCUCAUCCCCAUAAAGAUUUUCUUCAAUGUCUUCGCCUUCAAUCCAGAAAUUCUGCCUCCAUUUCUAAAGUCAUUUACACUUCAGUCAAUUCCUCCUAUUUGUCUGUCUUGCAAUUCUUAAUCCAAAACAGAAGAUUCAACACCACUAACACCCCAAAACCUCUCGUUAUUGUGACCCCGUUGAGCGUUUCCCACGUCCAAGAUGCCGUCAUUUGUUCUCAGAAAUAUGGUUUGCAAGUUAGAGUACGAAGCGGCGGCCAUGACUAUGAAGGUCUUUCUUACGUUUCUCCUCUCCCAUUUGUCAUUAUUGAUCUCAUCAAUCUUCACUCUGUCAGUGUUGAUGCAACUAAGGAAAAUGCAUGGGUCGAAGCUGGUGCAAAUCUAGGCAGAGUUUACUAUUAUAUUGCUAAGAAAAGUAGAACUCUUGGCUUUCCGGCUGGUGUUUGUCCAACUGUGGGGACUGGAGGGCACAUCAGCGGUGGAGGGUAUGGCGUUUUGCAGCGUAAAUACGGCUUGGCAGCAGAUAACGUAAUUGAUGCUAAGUUGAUUGAUGUGAAUGGUAGAAUCCUCGAUAGAGCUUCAAUGGGUGAAGAUCUUUUCUGGGCUAUUAGAGGAGGUGGAGGAAAUACUUUUGGAAUCGUUGUUGCAUGGAAACUAAACUUGGUUCCAGUUCCAGAAACUGUGACUGUGUUCACAGUGGAAAAAACCUUGGAACAAAAUGCAAUCCAUAUUCUAAAUCGGUGGCAAUAUGUAGCAGACAAGCUUCACAAAGAUCUCUUCAUUAGAGUUAUCAUAGAGCGAGUUAAUUCUACGAGUCAACGAGGAAAGCCAACAGUAAGAGCAGCAUUUAAUUCUCUGUUCCUCGGUGGCGUCGACAGGCUUCUUCCGAUGAUGCAAAAGAGCUUCCCCGAGCUGGGUUUAGUGAAAGAAGAUUGCACCGAAAUGAGAUGGAUCGAAUCCGUCCCCUACUUCGCUGAAUUCCCAAGAAAAACAUCCUUGGAGAUUCUGCUUAACAGGACACAACCAUCGGUGAGAUUUUUAAAAGCAAAAACAGACUAUGUCAAGAAACCUAUGCCAAAGGUUGCAUUAGAAGGCAUAUGGCAAAGGCUGUCGGAAUUAGAAGUGGAAUCAGGACAACUGAUCUUCACUCCUUAUGGAGGAAGAAUGAGUGAGAUUUCAGAGUCCAGCAUUCCAUUUCCACAUAGAGCUGGAAAUGUAUACCAAAUUCAGCACUUGGUGUAUUGGGACAAGGAAGGAAGAGAGGAAACAAGAAGGCACAUAAAUUGGAUCAGAGACCUUUACAGAUUUCUAACUCCCUUUGUUUCAAAAAAUCCAAGAUUAGCGUACGUCAACUAUAGAGAUCUCGACAUUGGAGUUAACAACAUGCAUGGAAACACAAGUUACAAGCAAGCAAGCAAGUGGGGUAUCAAGUAUUACAAUAUGAACUUCGACAGGUUGGUCCAAGUCAAGACCAAAGUUGAUCCUGCUAAUUUCUUCAGAAACGAACAAAGCAUCCCACCACUCUCAUGAGUAGAGAUCAUAAAUUACCGAAAUUACGUGAGUUUAUAGUAUAAAAUAAAUAAAAUUAAAAUAUGUUUGACAUCCUAUAAUCGGAUAGAUCCAAUUUAAAAAGGUUUUUCUUUCGAUAUUUUUAACCUCAAUAAGGAUGUUUGUGCUGUAUAAUGGACAUCCAUGUAGAUUCCUAUACGUGAAAUCAGGUUUCGACAUGUGUGAGCUAAAAUAAAAUUUGAUUG